AUGUUUGCUUCCCAUAUUGCGUCCACCAUAUGGUAUAUCAAAAUGCCUUCCCAUAUGUUCGUCUUUGUAGGGUUCCGAAUCAUGGCAAUCUGCCUGUCCCGAUUGCUGCUCAAUCUGAGGGAGGUAGCCCUUGGACCCCAAGUCAUGUCGAGCUCAAUAUCCGACAUGUCCGACAUCGAGUUCUCUCGCAUUCUCGGGCCUCUGGGCAACUCGCUCGGCGACGAGAGCCCAGAUGUUUGGGGUGCAGCUGUGGAUGAAGUCGCGGAUACUGUAGCAAGCGAAGACGAUCAGUCUUAUUCCGCAUAG